AUGGCCAUCCUAGACCUUUUGCGAGGCCGCGCGCAGGAGCAGCAGCCGCACCAGUUUGACGGCGAUACUCCGUCCAAAUUUCCUCAAUUCACUAUCUUUUCUCGUCCGGGCUCUUCACUAGGUGAUGACAGUAGCACACCUUCAUCGGGUAUUGCCACCCCAAUUGAAGAGAAGCAGCUCACGAAGCUGGGACCAUGUCCCGAAAUCGGUCGUCUGGCUUCGUGGAAAGGCGCCCUCAUCCUGCUCGUCACCUCGGGCUCCCAGUUCCUCGACAAUGUCUUCAUGACCAGUGCCAAUGUCGCUUUGUCAUCUAUCCAAGAGAACUUUGACGUGUCGGACACCAAUCUCCAAUGGAUGAUCUCCGCAUACACCCUUACUUUUGGUGGGUUCUUGCUCCUUGCGGGUGUUCUGUCCGACCGGUAUGGUCGCAAGUUGAUCCUCUGUCUGGGCCUGACCUGGCUCUCCAUCUGGACUCUGGCCAUUGGCUUCGGCCAGUCAUUCAUCCAACUGACAGUCUUCCGCGGUCUGCAGGGCAUGGGAGCUGCGCUCACGGUGCCCUCAGCGAUCGGAAUCAUCAGCUCCUACUUCAGUGGGCUUGAUCGGACCCGCGCACUGUCCAUCUACGCCUCCUCCGGAACUGUGGGGUUCUGCGUGGGUCUUAUUUUUGGUGGCUUCCUUACUUCCUCUCUGGGAUGGCGAUACAUCUUCUACUUCAUCGUCAUCAUCACCGGCUCGCUAGGCAUCCUGGGUGCCAUUGUCCUUCCCAAGGACAACCUUGCUGGCAAGGAAAAGCCCAAGAUGGACUAUGUCGGCGCCAUGCUCUCCACUGCGGGUCUCAUUCUCCUCCAAUUCGUGCUGUCCAGUGGUGGCUCGUAUGGCUGGGGCACACCCUUCAUCAUUGUCCUGCUGGUGCUGGCCGUCGCCCUGCUGGUUUCUUUUACUCUCUGGGAGAAAUUCAUCUCGUACCCACUUAUGCCUCUGGGCUUGUGGAAGCUCCCUAACUUUGCUGGUCUGUGGAUCGCAGGAUUCACCUGCUACGGCAGCUACCAAAACGUCAUCUACUACAUCGUCCUAAUGGCACAAGAAGUGGACAAGCUGUCCGCCGGCGACACCGCACUCCGCUUCCUUCCCAUGGGAGUGAUCGGCUUCAUUGCCUCCAUGGGCACCGGCAAGGCCCUCGAAUACAUCAACGGGAAAUACACCCUGCUGGCAGGGUUGAUCCUCACUGUUCUUGCACCAGUCCCGAGCGCUAUCACAUCCAGCCCGGAAACAAGUUUCUGGGUCAAUGUCCUCCCCACCUCCCUGAUCAGCAUCACUGCCGUGUCUCUCAUCUUCGUUACCACCAGCACUGCCAUCCUCACUACCGUCCCGGUGCAUGUGAAGAGUCUAUGCGGUGGAAUGCUCAACACAGCCUUCCAAAUCGGCUCCGGCGUUGCCCUCGCCAUCUCCGCGGCCGUCGCUGAAGAAGUAGACAUCAAAAAAGGACAUGAUCUCGCGCAUCAAUACCGCACGGGACUGUGGUGUUCUGCUGGCCUAGCGGGUCUAGGCCUGAUUAUUGCAUUCUUUAGUGUGAGUAGGAGGGGGAUUGGUCCGGGUGAUAGGGAUGAUACUGUUUGCGCGAUAUAA